AAUUCGAUAACUAUGUAACUGAUUCCAUAUAUUCAUGGAUAUUUACUCAAGUAGAUCUUCGAAUCUUUUUAAUGCUAGAACUGCAUAUUGUAAUGAGUGAUUAGAUAUAUAGUUAAAUAUCUUCUUCACAAUUAGAUAUAAUUAAUGACAGAAAGUAGCCUUCUAUGAGUUAAUGAUUUGACCAUGACAACUAACGUAGCAACAAUUAAGUUAGAAGAGGAGCAGGAAUCUGUAACGGAGAUACAGACAUACUUAGAAACAUUUAAUAGAGAAAUAGAAGGAGGUCAAGGGGAGCAAUUACAACAUGUACAGUUGCAACAAGUGGAAGGACUGUCUGGUGGAGAAGAAGGUGGAACUUACUUUGUUGACCAAUCUGGUCAAUAUUACUACCAAGCAAAUAAUGAUGAAACACCUGUCAUGACACAGGUUCAAAUUCAAGAAGUAGAAGAAGCAGAUGUAAAUAAUGACGGAGAAGCACCUCAAGAAGAACAAUAUCAUGAAAUUGAAGAAUUAGAAAAUGUUGAUGGUGAUGAAGAUGGCCAGGUAACGAGUAAUGGAAAUAAUGAGGUUGUAAUCAAUUCUGGAGAUGCAUAUCAAACAGUUACUAUUGUGCCAUCUGAUACUAAUCCUGGUGAAGUCAGUUAUGUACUAAUAGUUCAGCAACCUGAUGCUGAGGAUAAGGAAAGCAAACCAAUAGCACGAGAAGGAACAGAAGGUGAAGAAGGAGAAGGAGAACAAGAUCUUACAGUUUAUGACUUUGAAGAUAAUGAAGAUAAUGAAGUACCUGUGGAAUCAGAAGUAGAAGAUGACAAAACUAAGAUUGUAAAAAUUUUACCUAAAAAGUCUCAAACUGUUACCCAAGCUCAUAUGUGUAAUUACUGUAACUACACAAGUCCAAAACGAUAUCUGCUAUCACGACAUAUGAAAUCACAUUCGGAGGAAAGGCCACAUAAAUGUAGCGUUUGUGAAAGAGGAUUUAAAACACUAGCUUCUCUUCAGAAUCAUGUUAAUACACAUACUGGGACCAAGCCACAUCACUGUAAAUUUUGUGAUAGUGCAUUCACAACCUCUGGUGAACUUGUUAGACAUGUUCGAUAUAGACACACACAUGAAAAACCACAUAAGUGUCAUGAAUGUGACUAUGCAUCUGUUGAAUUGUCUAAACUCAAACGUCAUAUUCGGUGUCAUACAGGCGAACGUCCAUAUCAGUGUCCGCAUUGUACAUAUGCAAGUCCUGAUACUUUCAAGCUAAAACGCCAUUUGCGCAUACAUACAGGAGAAAAACCAUACGAGUGUGAUUUUUGCCAGGCAAGGUUUACUCAGUCUAACAGCUUAAAAGCUCAUAAACUGAUACAUAACGUUGGUGACAAGCCAGUGUUUCAGUGUGAAUUAUGUCCAACGACGUGUGGAAGAAAAACAGAUCUCAGAAUUCAUGUACAAAAAUUACACACCUCUGAUAAACCUCUGAAAUGUAAACGCUGUGGAAAAUCAUUCCCAGAUAGGUAUGUGGCAAAAACUGAGCUGUAUAAUAGCUACAAAAGUGAAAAUAUUAUAUGUUGCAAACACAAAACAUAUAAUGUAUUUUACCAUUGUAGAUAUAGCUACAAAUUGCAUAGUAAAACUCACGAAGGAGAAAAGUGUUAUAAAUGUGAUUUGUGUCCAUAUGCUUCUAUAUCUGAGCGCCAUCUCGAGAGCCACAUGUUAAUUCAUACUGAUCAAAAACCAUAUCAAUGUGAUCAUUGCUUUCAAUCAUUCAGACAAAAACAACUUCUCAAACGGCAUUAUAAUUUAUAUCAUAAUCCUACUUAUGUUCCCCCUCCGCCACAAGAAAAGACACAUCAAUGCCCUGAAUGUGAACGACCGUUUAGGCAUAAAGGGAAUCUUAUUCGACAUAUGGCUGUUCAUGAUCCGGAAUCAUCUCUUCAAGAAAAGCAACAAGCAUUAAAGAUGGGCAGACAGAAAAAGAUUCAAAUUAUAGACGGACAGAGAGUCGAGGUCAUGACAGGUGAUUUAGCUACUAAACUUAAAGGUUACGAAGAUGAAGAAGAAGAUGAAGAGGAUAUGAUGGCGGUCGAAGGAAGUGAUGGUCAACAAUAUGUUGUAUUGGAAGUUAUACAGCUAGCUGACAAUCAAGGAACUGAUCAACAAAUGGCCGUAGUAGCCAGUGAAGAUGGAGAUUUGAUGAUGCAAGAUCCUUUGAGUCAAGAAAGUGGGAUCGUAACUGGUACAGGCGAAGAAGGAGAUGAAGCAGAAGAAGAGGAAGAAGAAGAAGAAGAAGAAGAAGAAAUAGAAAUGGAUGAAUUAAAAAUAGAAUCAGGAGCGUCUAUGAAAUCUUCAUCCCAGAACACACAAAGUGAUCCAAAAUUACAAAAGGAGAUGGAAACCUGUUUCGGUUUUGAUGAGGAAGAGGAAGAAGAAGAAGAAGCCAAUGGCAAUAUAAAUAUAUUGCAGACAAUUUCGUAAUAUGAAAAAUGAAUGCAACAAAAUCUAUCUCUGUAAUAGUCAAAUGUUUUGUCUGUUUCGCAGUAACACCGUACAUACUGCGAGUACUGUUUAAUAUUAUUUAAAGACUCUGUGAAUAGCUCCAAUGGAGCCAAUUUUCGGGGCCAGCGUGGUCCAUACGCAUGGUACAAGAACAUUUUUUGCCACUAGUGCAUUAGAUGUAUGUAAUAAUUUAUGAAAAAACAGUAGUUCUAUGAUUUAGUGAAAUAUGAAGCGAAUGUACAAUUAUAAUAAUGUAAAAUAUUAUUUUACUUUAUUAUCAGUAAAAUUUGCUUUAGAGAAUCGUAAGUCAACAAGAUCGUCACUGAUGCAUUCGGUUAUAUUAUUAACAUAGGAUGACCUAAUAUUUUUAAAUCAGCCAUUUAGUAAAUGUUAACAUAAGAACAUAGAAUGUAGCAAUACAUUUCCAUUGAUUGAUUAUUGUUGGUAUGUGGUUACUAGAGGAAAAGCAAGCGUUAAAUUUAAUAGUGAUGAUCGAGUUUUAAGUUAUUUAAUAUGAAUGAUAUCUGCGUAUAUGUAGGAAUGUACAUAAUAAGAAAUUCGUAAUGCAUAAAGAGUUAGAAAUUUUUCAUUGACCUAGCAGAUGUUACAUUUGUGAUUGUAUAGAAGUAUUUCAUAACAUUAAUAAACGAUCAUUCUAUAAAUAAGUACCUAUAUAUAACAUUAAUGAUCAUGAUUAUCGGGUCAAAUCUUUUGUGGAUACAGGAUAAGGUAUGAAUGGCAAAAAGUAACUUGAUAUUAAGAGGACUGUAAUGAUUAUUAGUAUAAUUAUAAUAAUUUUUUAUUCAUCUUUUUUAAUUACAUUUUCUUUAGAACAUUAAAUGUUUAGGCUGUACCUUCUUUCCGAUAUUGAUUGCAACUACUAUAACAAAAUGCAAAUAGACUAGUAAGAAAAUAUUACAUAUGAUUGUAAACAAUGAUGGAACUUUUAAUUCAUUGAAUCCUUUUGCAAUCUGUCAUUUUGUAUCAGUUUAACUUCUUGUAUAAUUUUGUGAUUGCGCAGCAUCCAGAAACAACCAUUUCCUAUCUAUAUGGAUUACACGUAGACUUCUCUUAUGUAGUCGAUUUCUUAUAAAUGUAAUCUUACACGCAAUUUUUCAUAAACUGUCGCACGUAAGUUAUUCCAGAUAAAUCGUCAAUGUAAUGAUGCUGUAAAAACAAUGUAAAAAUUUUUUACGCUCUUGUACACUUUUUAUACAAUUGUAAUUGAGCAAUUGAUAAUUGUGUGCUAUUCAAGCCGAAGCACUUUCAUACAAUAUCCCAAAGAAAAAAUGGUGUAGCAUCUUCUUUAUAAUAAACAUUAUCUCGUCGAUGAUACUUGCGCAUAUUAUUUCUGUUGAUGAAUUAUCAUUUCGAUAUUUGUUAGGAAUUAAAUUGUUCAACGCACACAUUAUUCCGAGCAACGCAUAGAACUACAGGAUCCAAUCGUUAUAUUUCGGAUCGUUUAUGUAUGACAUUUAAUAUAUUCAGAAAGUAAAUGCAUUAUUAUUAUAAGAAAAAUAUGGCUAAUUGGAAUUACUUUUAUAAUGUUUCAUACAUAUACCUACAUAUUAUUUAUACGAUUUAUCAUCCUUAUAAUUUAUAAUUUAGAUACAUUAUUUCAAAUUAGUUAUUUUAUUUACAUAAUUCAUCUAAUAUGUUAAACUGAUUAACGAUAGAAUUGUAGUCUUUUUAUGUUAAAUACACGUGAUAAAAUUUGUAUAGUAUCACAUUCAUAUAAUAUAUCAUAUAUAAAUAUUUCAUUCACGAUAAUUUUAUGAAAUAAAUAACAAGCUACAUAUUAACAAAUAAGCUACAUACUUCAUGAAAACAGUUCAUUAUUGAAUCAUAUAUUUUUGAAACAAGUCAUAAUAUUUUUUUAUUAUAAUAUAUUUAUUAUAGUAGUUGUCAAUUUACACCUAUCGAGGUAUAUUUAUCUGCAAGUAAUAAAUCUAUAAGUUCUGCAUUGCAAUCUGUUUAUUUCCAUGCAAUAUAUGAGAUUACAACUGCUAUAAUAAAAAAGUGAUUAAAAGUAAAAAUAAUUUUGCAUCUCUUCCUCUACUUUUAUUACAUCAUCAACAUUUUAUAAUAAACAAUAUAUAAAAACAAUAUAAAAUCAAUUGUUUUAUUAAAAUUAAAUGAUAAUAUGUCAAUUUGUAAAAACAAGAUAUAUGUCAACUGUGAAUUCAAAAGAAUUUAAUAUUAUAUCUAACGAAUAGUCAAAUAAUUAUGAUAUAUACAUAUAUAAUAUACUAGCUGCCCACUCGCGACUUCGCUAGCACAGUAUUUGAAUAUUUAUUAGCUUCUGGUUGAAUACUCUUUAAGUAUCUAAUUUUGAAAACUGGUCAAACACAUGUUCGUUUAUUUUUAAUGAAUUCAUAUGCCGAAUUUCACAUCAUUAACUUUAAUGGACAUAGAAAUACAAUUAUUAUGUAAAACAAAUUUUACCCUCUUCUUACCGCCUCUGGGUUUGUAUUUAAGUAUACGAAAUAAACUUAUAUUUCCGAUUAUCAAUUUACGUUUGUCGAUAGUCUCGUAUUGUUAAAUGAAUUUAACCAUUGCAUGUCCACACAUAUUUUAAUAAGUGAAAACCGAAUGCAUAGAAAAAGGAAAAAGGUAAGAUCUAAAUAGGUUUAAGUUCCGGGUGUACCUAAAGAGAUAGUUGUCCAGCGUGUCAGUGCGCAAUUAUUAAUGCGCAGUAUUUAAAGGAUUUCCACGAUUUGAACAUUCGUACUUCUAUCGACCAUAUAGUUUUGCCGGUAGUAUAUAACGCCCUCACACGAACGUUUUCAACUUUACAAAAUAAGCCAAUAUUUGGAGAUUUUGUGUCGUAAACAAAUUAAACAUAACGUGGAAACACGAUUCCAUGUGAAAAAUUAUUGCAAAGUGGACGCAAAAAGCUCCACUAUCUAUCACUAAUGCAUUUCCAGCACACAGCAUAUAGCAGAACGAACAUUACUCCUUCUGUUGCGUUCUCUACAUUGAUGACAGCGCCGAUGGUGAUAACUUUCUGAAAUUUUUGUCGCUAAUGCUCCCUGUGUCCUGUAAUCGAAAGCAUCUACGUUGUCUUAAUGCUUUCUGAUAGAAUGCGCAACUUCGAAAUCUCCGGUGUCUGGCAAAAGUCCACAGUUAGAAAUGCUGAAUGCUUGUUAUGAAUUCCACAUGUUCCUUCACAGCACAAUCACAUGUUCAUGUCGUCAAUUUCGUUCGCAUUACACGCUCCAUGGCAUUACAUAACGUUCCGCGGCAGCGUGUGUCGCUCCUGUCAAUCCUGUUUGACUUUUCAAUGAUAUAACACCGAUGCUCGAUUACGAUUACAAUUGUAAGGAUUCUAACACGUGGUCAAUGUCCUCAUUCGCUGUUGACCCCUCCUCUUAUACAUUUGCUCUUCCGUACCUUCAAUUUCUUUGCUAUAUUUACUUCAAUUUAUAUAUUGAUUUUUCUUUAAUUUCGCAUGGCUUAUGAUGCCUCGUGCAUUUUCUUUCUAUUAAUAUACCAAGUGAUUGGUACAAUUUCGAAUGUUUCUAUGCAUGCGUGUUUUCAGAUGUUCUAGAACGCAAAACCGAUUACGCUUGUGCAUUUUUACGUAAUAUUAUAUAUGACUUUUGGACUCUAUGCCAUUUCAACUCUACGAAUAUUUACUUAUGACCAUUAUAGAUCCUCGAAACUUUAUUCCGAGAUCUACAUAUUGCAAUGAGUGAUGGGAUACAUAUAUAUAAAUACUCUCUUGAUAAUGAGAUGUAGUAUACAUGCAUAUCCUAUAUAUAUAGCACAUACAGUAGCUAGCUUAAAAUAUAAAUUUCUUUUAACAACAGAAUAGAAUAUUUUAAUAAUAGAAUAUUAACAAUAGAAUUUCAACAUUUUGAAAUUUAAUAAUACAAAAGGUAAUGCAUAUGACUAAUGAAAGAAAAUACACUUUUACGUGUUAAUGAGACAAGAAAUUGAGAUUUUAAAUGGUACAGGCGAAAAGGAAAGUAAAGCAGAAGAAAUAAAAUUACCAACAUGUAGUAAAUCUUCAUCUCAACACACUCAAAACGAUUCAAAAUUGCAGAAAGAAAUGGAAACUUGUUUUGGUUUUGACGAGGAAAAUAAGAAAGGAGAAAUCAAUGGUAAUAUAGAUAUAUUGCAGACAAUUUUAUAACAAGAAAAAUGAAUGCUUGAAGAUAAAAUAAUAGUCAAAUGUUUUAUCUAUUUCACAGUAACACUGUACAUACUACGAGUACUAUUUAAUAUUAUUUAAAGACUCUGUGAAUAGCUCUGUGAAUGGAGCCAAUUUUCAGGGCCAGUGUGGUCCAUAUGCAUAGUACAAGAAAAUUUUUUGUCACUAGUACAUUAGAUGUAUGUAAUAAUUUAUGAAGAAAUAGUAGUUCUGUGGUUUUGUGAAAUAUGAAACUAUUGUACGAUUAUAAUAAUGUAAAAUAGUAUUUUACUUUAUUGUCAAUAGAAUUUAUCCUUAGAAAAUUAUAAGUCGGCAAGACCCUUACUAGUGAAGUCAUAUCAUCAAUACAAUGUCAUGAAUGGUGGCUGGUAUAAUAUUUUCAAAUAUUCAAUAGAUGUUAAUAUAAAAACAUAGAACAUAGCAAAAUAUUUUCAUUGAAUGAUACUGGUUAUUGUUGGUACGUGGUUAUUGUGGGUUAUUGUUACUGAAAUGACAAAACAAAGCAAGGCUACAAUGUAUAUAAAUGUUUACCAUUAAACUUCAUUCUAUGGAUGAAUAUUAUAUUCUAUAAAUAUUUAGGGGAAAGACGAUAAUAUUAAUUUGUUGUCAGUCCAGUUUUGUGUUGUUGAAUAUGAAUGAUAUCUGUAUAUAUACAUGAAUGUACAUAAUAAGGAAUUCGUAAUGCAAUAGAAAAAAAUUAAAAAUUUUUCAUUGGC